AUGGAUUCUACAAAUCUUUCAACCGAGAAGGACUAUCCUAAACACUUCAUUCCCCUCGAGUCAAACCCUGAAGUCUUCACUGAACUGAUCCACAAGCCCGGUGUAACUGAACCUGUGUACGCCUUGGUCCUUGUGUUUGCGACGACUGAGGCGUAUGACAAACAAUGUGCGGAUGUGGAAUGCAGACUUGGUGCCUAUGAAGGGCACUAUCAGCAAUGCUUCGCCCUUUAUGGUAUCCUCCAUGCAGUUUGCAAUGGGGACGCAAGGAACAGUAUUGGAACCGAAUCAGUUCUGGGCCGCCUGCUAAAGAGAUGUCUACCCCUCAAACCAGAUGAGCGGGCAUUGGGUCUCGUAGACAGUGACAGGCUGGAGGCUGCGUACGCGUCAGUCGCCAAAAAAGGCGACACUGCAGCUCCGGAGAACCCAGAGGAUGAGGUCGAUUUCCGCUACAUUAGCUUUAUGGAUGGAGAGCGGAAACGGCUAAUCGACUUGGGGGAGCUUGGGGCAGAAGAGGACGUUCUCUCGGACAAAUGCUUAAUGGUGAUUAGGGAUCUGGUUGAGAACCCAAAAGGUGGGGAUCUAAACUUCAGUCUCAUCGCUCUAGUUCCUGUCUAGGACUGCUGGAUGCGCACGGGAGGGUAUUUUGAGAGCGAUA